AUGGCUUCAGUUGCUACCCCGGAUGGGUCGUCAUCUCCCAGUCAUGAGCAAUAUCCAGAGGAUGGUCUUAAGGCGUGGUCCAUUGUGCUUGGGGCCUGGUGUGCCAUGAUCCCGGCCAUGGGGUUAUUGAAUAGCCUCGGGGCUUUGCAGGUGUGGAUGACCACCCAUCAGCUGCAAGAGUACUCCGAGUCCAGCAUUGGCUGGAUCUUUGGAGCUUAUGGCUUCUUUCUUUUCUUUGGUGGAGCAAUGUUUGGGGCGAUUCUCGACUCUCACGGACCACUGUUUGUGAUUCUCCCAGGGUCGGUGGGAAUCAUCCUGUCACUAAUCUUCUUAAGCUUCAGUCAAGAAUAUUACCAGAUCUUCCUCUCCUUUAGCGUCCUCGGUGGCAUCGCAUCCAGCACACUCUGGUCACCUCCGGUUGCAGUGGUUGGUCAUUCGUUCAAUGAGCGUCAUGGUCUGGCCACAGGAGUCGCCUGUACAGCGGGCGGAGUAGGCGGAGUUAUAUUUCCUCUGCUCAUCUUGGUUGCGGCGCCUCGAAUCGGCUUUACCUGGUCUCUGCGGGUCAUCGCUCUGUUAUGUGCCGUUCUAUGCUCGAUUGCCUGCCUGAGAGUUAAGACACGACUUCCGCCCAAAAAGGCCGACUCUUUUAUCGAUACGGGCGCCCUUGGUGAUAUCAAGUAUGUCUCGACAUCGCUGGCCGUGUUUCUCGUGGAAUUUACCAUCUUCACUCCCAUCACCUAUAUCGUCUCGUAUGCACUGCAUGUGGGUAUCAGCGAGAAAAUGUCCUAUGCGGUUCCCGUCUUCUUGAAUCUUGGUGCGGUGUUUGGCCAAUUUCUUCCGGGCCUCAUGGCCGAUAAAUGGGGUCGGUUCAACGUGAUGGUCUUUGUCUGCUUGAUGUGCGCCAUCUUUACUUUGAUUCUCUGGUUAUGCGCAGAUUUGGAGGCUCCCAGCAAUCUGGGGAUGAUCAUCAGCUAUGCCGUGCUGUUUGGGUUCUGGGGCGGGGCCGCCAUCAGCCUGGCGCCAGUUUGCAUCUCGCAGGUAUGCGAGAUUCAGGAUUAUGGCAAACGCGUGGGGACAACCUGGACACUGGUGAGCUUUGGGACAUUGAUCGGGAUUCCGAUUGCAGGAGCAAUUCAGCAGCAUGAUCACGGGGAAUAUUCUGGGCUUAUUGUUCCUGGGGGAGUGAUGUAUGCUGUCACAACUGUGGCGUUUGUUGUUGCACGAGGGAUAUGCGGAGUAAGCCUGCUUUUCACCCAUGAUACGCCAAAGAAUAGUACACAUGAAACUGAAAGACCGGGAAGGCCACAAGGCUUCACUGGGGUUCAGGUGACUGUCUUCUAG